AUGAACAUCAAAAGUUUCAUAUUUUGUUCUUUUCUUCUAAUUUUUGCCAAAGCGGAUCUUCUUUCUGAUAUUCAAGAUGCUUUAUUUCGAGCAAAUUCCACUGUCAACGAGCGAAUCCCUAUGGAAAUUACUGUCGAUGACAAUAUCCUUCAAAAUUCGCAGAAAGCCAAUGAAGCAUCUAAAAUGUUACAAGCUAAUGCAGAGAUUUUUGAAGAAGCCACCCAAAUUUUAGUACAGAAAUUUGGAAUGGGAAUUAUUCCAAUUGCUAACAAAGUUCUAGAGACAACACAAAUGUUGAAUAAUACUAUUCGAGUUAAAAGAGAUGCGAAAUGUCCAUCUCCACCAUCUUCGUGUUCAGAUAACUUCCAGUGAGUUUUUAUAUUUUUAUAUUUUGAGAACUUAUCCGAAAUAUCUCAACAUUUUAGUAGAACAACUCGAUCGAUUUCUGGUAUUUGCAAUAAUGUAAAAAAUCGGAAAUGGGGAAAUUCGGAAACGGGAAUGCGUCGAUUGUUAGGCGCAGUAUCUUAUUCCGAUGGGUUGAACACUAUUAGAACUCGAGGAGUUAAUGGAAAACUUUUGCCAUCAGCAAGAGAAAUUUCGAAUAAGAUCUUCCAAGCGAGUAAUGAAAAUGCGACUUCUAAACAAUAUAAUCAUCUUCUUAUGCAAAUGGGACAAUUUUUGGCUCACGAUUUGAUUUUUAUGCCAUCAUCGACUGCUAGAAGUUAUGGUGGCGGAUCAUUGAAUUGUUCAUCUUGUGAUUCACCAAAAACAGUUUCACCAAAUUGUGCACCAAUUCCAGUUCCAUCUGAUGAUCCAUAUUUCAAAAUAGGAUGUAUUCGUUUGACAAGAGCGUUGAAUGGACAGACUGGAUUUGGAAUCAGACAACAAAUUGAUCAAAAUACACAUUUUAUCGAUUUAUCAGCUGUUUAUGGAUCAGAAGAUUGUGAAGCUGUGACAGUUCGUGAAUAUAAAGAUGGUAGAUUGUUGGAGUUCCGUUAUGCCAAUUAUGUACUUCCACCACAAAAUGUGAGAGACGAAAACUGUCAAUCCAGAUCCCCGUUCCAUUGUUUCACAUGUGGAGAUUUCCGAAAUAGUCUCCAUCCAGCCCUUAUUCCAAUUCACACAGUUUUUAUUAAACAACAUAAUCGACUUGCACAAAUGAUCAAAAAUUCGAGAAGUGGUUUAACAGAUGAACAAAUUUUCCAACUUGCUCGCAGAAUUAUGAUUGCUCAAUGGCAACAUUUUGUUUAUUCGGAAUAUUUACCAAAUAUUCUUUCACUUGCAAUUCGUAAGAAGUAUGAUUUGGUUGAAUUGGACAAUGGUUUCUACAAAGGAUACAAGCAAACACGAGAUCCAUCUUUGACAAAUGAAUUCACUGGAGCAGCUUUUAGAUUUGGACACAGUCAGGCUAGAGAUAGAUUCCAAAGAAUUAAUAACAAAGGACAAAGUCAAGGUGAUUAUAAACUUGGAAAUGAUAUUUUCUAUGCUGAUCAAAAUUAUUUGGCUGGAAACGGUGGAUGGGAAGCUAUUCUAAUUGGAAUGAUAAAAUCGGAAGCAAUGGAAGUCGAUAGAUAUAUUUCACAUUCUAUGAGAAAUGAAAUAUUCCGAAUUCGUCAAAAAGAAGGAACUGGAGUUGAUUUGGCUGCAGUUAAUGUUAUGCGAGGUAGAGAUAUUGGAUUGUUACCUUAUACAUCUUACCGAAAGUUCGCUGGUUUGUCGGCGGUGAAAAGUUGGGAUGGAUUAAGCCAAGAAUUCACAAAAGAAAAUAUUGAUGCUUUGAAAAAAGUUUAUGAUUCAUACGAUGAUAUUGAUUUGUAUGCAGCGAUUUUAAGUGAAAAGCACAUGGGAGAAUCAAUAGUUGGACCAACUGCUGCAAAUAUUAUUGCUGAAACAUUUGAGGGUCUGAAAGUUGGAGAUCGAUUUUAUUAUGAGAAUGAGGGAAUAUUCACAAACGGUAAAAAUAUAAACAUUGAAGUUCAAAAAUUAAUUAAUAAUUUUUAGCGCAACUCGCGGAGAUCAGGAAGUCCAAACUUUCAAAAAUAAUUUGUCAAAAUACGGAUGGUCUCAAAACAAUCAACAGAGAUAUUUUCUCAUUGUGAGUUUUUUGUUUGAAAUGAAAAACAAUGAAUUUGACAAAAACCAACAAACUAUUUGUAUUUUUAGAUCAAGUCAAUCGGUCAACUGCGAUCAACUCGCGGAUAUUAAUAUAAAUGUAUUUUUCUAA